AUGGCGGAGCAGCACCCGCUGCAGCACAGCAACACCAGGACUAGGCUCAAGAUCCAGUCGGCCGUGAACCGCGCGCACACACGAGAGCGCGACCGCGAGCACAGCGCGCGCGCCGCCCUGCUCAGGGGGCAGAAGGCCACGACGGGCAAGCAGGCGACCUCCUCGUCGGGCGCUUCCCCCACGCGGGGGGCGCGCCGCGAAUCCCUGGUGCGCGUCGACUCGAAGCGCGGCAAGAAGCCCCGCGAGCGAUGGCUGCUGACGCGCAAGACAUGGCGCUACAUGGCGGACGCGGGCCGGCGCCUCAUCCCGGACGGCGCGCACAACCGCGCCGAGGACGUGCCGCGCAUCGAGGCCUACUUCCAGGAGGUGUGCCACCGCGAGCCGCGCUUCCUGCUCUGGCGCAAGAGCUCCUACCCCGGCGCGCUGGGCUUCCGGCCGCGGGGGCGGUCGCGCGCGGGUCGCAAGAAGGGCGGCUCGUGCCGCGACCCCCGCGACAAGUCCGCGCGCGGCGGCGGCACCGUGUUCCUGCAGCCCGUGCUCGGCCCCGACGGCUCGGGCCGCUUUGACGUGCAGCGGGCGAAGAAGGAGUUCCUGGAGGCCGGCCCCGCCACCACGCGCCUCGACACCGGGGACGCCGCCUGGGACGCGUCCUGGGCGCAGCGGACGGCCAGGGACUCGUCCACCUCCGAAGACAGCCUGGACCCCGAGGACAAGCUCCUGCUCGACACGCUGGAGAUGUACCUCGCCAGGGACGAGGCCGCGCGCCGCGGCGACGGACCGCCCCCCACUCCGCCCCCGGGCGCGGUCCUGGACGAGCAGGAGCUGCUGGACAAGCUCCGGCUGCGGCUGGAGAGCGUUCUCGGCAGGGACCACGCCGACGCGGCGGCCUACCCGGACGAGGACGCCGUGCCGCACUCGCGGAACUCUCGCCGCUCGGAGGGCGUGCCGGGGGUACCCUUCAACGGGGACCACGUGCAGAAGCAGCUGCUGGAGACGCUGCGCCGGUACUACGGCAAGUCCACCGCCAGGCAGAAGGUCAUCUCGGACCUCUUGACGGAGCGCAAGCUGCUGGAGCGACUCCUCUUCGACACGAGAAGGGCCCGCGGCUUCGCUUACCGCCGAGGGGGCGGCAGCGGCGCCGCGGGGACGACGCAGCCCUACGUGAGCUCCAUGAGCCGCACGGACCCCCGCUGGAGGCAGCAAGCGGCCAGGCCCCGCGGCGCCGGGGCCAACCGACGGCGCUCCAGCGUGGACAACGACGACGUGUCGCCGUCCGUGAGCGACACCAUCAAGCGGUACUUGCGCAUGGCCAGGAAGAAGAGCAUGGACGGCGACAAGGCGGACCGCUUCAAGCGUGUCAACUACGACCGCAACCUGCGCAACAUCAAGGCCAAGGGGGAGAUCACGCUGCCGGGCGACGACGACGGCCUCAACAAGGGCGCGCAGACGGACGAGUCGUGGGUGAACGCCGUCAAGGAGCUCAAGUACGAGGGCACGGGCGUGGGCUCCAACCCCGACACGGAUGAGUUCGCCACCACCAGCAGCCGCCUCACCAGCUCCAGGAGCAGCUUCGACACCACGACCACGGCCGGCGACGAGCUGGCCUCGCCGUCGCAGGCCUCGCCGGCCACGACCUCGGCCAGCAGCACGCCGCUGCAGUCACCAAAGAGCAUCUUCUCCUCGGGGCAGUCGUUCCUGUCACACCUGCUUCACGGCCUUCACCAGCAGCAGCAGCUUCAGCAGCAACAACAGAUGCAACAACAACAGCAACAACAGCAACAUCCCGCCUACGGGCGGCAGGGCUCGACCAGCCCCAAAGAGGGCAGUGCUCAGCAAGGGGUUGCCGUGUCCGCAGGGGCGAUGCAGAAGUCCAAGUCCUCGUCCUCCGUGGUGCAGAGCCUGGAGAAGAUCUGGAAGACGCGCUCCAAGAGCCACAGCCGGGCGUCGGGCAGCGCGUCGGGCGUGGGCCAGGGCGCCUCGCACGACACGGGGCCGCCGCCGUCCUGCUCGUGGACACCGCAGGGCAACUGCACCUGGAGCAGCGGGUCGCGGCGAGUGCAGCUGGCCGAGUCGACGCCGUUGCUGCAGCUGAGCGAGGUGGAGCGGCAGGUGCUGCAGAAGGUGGCCCUCGCCAAGCUGCAGGCGCUCAACCUCGGCGUCGCCAUCAGGGUGCCUUCCGAGAAGGUGGUGGCGGAAGUGGCCGCCAAACCGAAGCGGCGCGCAUACCUGCUCAAGAGGAAGGCGCUGACAACGGGGGUGGUGGACGGGCGCAAGGACUCGGACAAGGACAACCCGGCCUCCGGCCUGGUGUUCGGCCUGCCCUUGUCGCAGUGCAUCGAGAACGAGAGGGGCGUGCGCGUGCCCAGCAACACGGCCCUGCAGGCCCGCCAGGGCACUGGAGGCAGCGGCCCGGGCGGCGCGUCCAGGAGCUCCGCCGGGGCCGCGGAUGACACGGGCAGCUCGGGCAGCGUGGAACUGAGACGGAAGUCGCACCACGGGUCCAGGGCCAGCUUCAGCUCCCUCGUGGAGGCUCCCCGCCACGACGAUGCCGGGUCCGUGGAGGACCUGCUGGUCGGCGGCAUACCCUCGGCGGGCAGCGUGCCGGGCCAGCUCAACUCGCUGUCGUCGGCGCCCUCCUCGACGGCCACCGACUUCCUCGACGACGAGCUGAGUGAGCUGCUGGCCGAGUCGAGCCGGAUACCCUGGGUGCCUCACCUCGUGUCCACGUGCUUGCGGCACCUCACCAACCACGGCCUGCACACGCUCGGCAUCUUCAGGGUAUCCAGCUCCAAGAAAAGAGUUCGACAGUUACGAGAGGAGUUCGACGGCGGCCAGGAGGCGUCGCUGGACGACGACCUGUGUCCGCACGACGUGGCCACCCUCCUCAAGGAGUACUUCCGGGACCUGCCAGACCCCCUGCUGUGCAGGGAUCUGUACCAAGCUUUUGUACAAACGCAACGCAUUCGCAACCGGCCGGGCUCCCAAGGGCGGAGGCGGUCGCGGGGGCCUGGGAAAACCGGGCAGGUGGCCCUGGCCCCCAAAGGUCAGCAAAAUCAGCAAAUGCCCCCGAUUCAUUACUUUUUCCCCCUUGGUGGAAAACUUUGUGGGUCAAAGCCAAAAUUUGUGGUCAAGUCUUCCCGAUACAGGACUUGGUCGGAAAAUCGUUGCGGUCAAAGCCAAAAUCUGUCUGCUCAGGUGUCGGCGGAGUUGCUGGACGAGGUGUACAUGCACAUGAUGGACUCCCACCCGCUCGCUCUGGACCAGCUUCUAAGAAGAAGAGCAGCGGAGUCGGGGGAGGACGUUGACGUGGAGGCGGAGGACAACCUGGUGGAGAGGAGCGAACGGCGAAUGUGGAGUCGCGAGGAGUUCCUGCACGAGCGGUGCGCCACGCCGGCCGACGAGGAGCCAGUCAGCAGAGGCAGUCGGCGCAGUGGCGGCGGCAGAAGACGGUCGCGCGCCGACUCGGCGGGAGACUCGGCGGACAGCGGCACGGCGUCGGGGUCCGGCCAGGGCGUCAUCACCGCCUCCCUCAAGAUCCCCGUGCCGGGGGUGGCCGCGACGGGCGGCGUGGGUGGGGCCGGCGCGGCCUUCGCGCUCAGCGUGGACGACUCGGACAUCCCCUACAUCGAGGACACCGUGCAGGACGGGGCGGGCAGUGGGAGGCACCAGGUGACCGUCGGACUGGUGCGCGGAUCGCUGACGGGCUCCGCGCUCGUCGGGGCAACGCCCUCCAGCCAGAGCCAGCGGCGGCGGCAGCGCUCGGGGAGCGGCAGCGUGGGCAGCGACUCCUCGACGACGGGCACGGGCGCCGCGGUGUCGCAGGGCACGCGGGACUCGGCCGUGGGGUCGUACAGCAGCCCGCCGCGGAACAGCAGCAGUUCCCCGCCCUCGUGGGCGUCCUCGCCGCCGCUCUCGCCCGACCCGCUCGUGCGCAGCGUCAACUACAUCCCCGACGUGGUGCCGCAGGACGCGGGGCUGGCCGGCCGGCGCGCCGCCUACUCGCGGACGGCGUCCACGACCUCGGAGCAGCACGUGCAGACCACCACGCUGACGCCGGGCGUCGUGGUGCAGCGCGUCACCUUCACGUCCAUCGGGGACGCCAAGGAGGCGGGGGCGGCGCUGGCCGCGGACGCUGCGGGCCAGGCGCCGCUGGCGGGCAUCGGCGGUCGCCGCGAGCCCGCCCCCGCCGCCCCCGCCGCCAGCAAGCCCAGCGCCUACCAGCGCAUCCUGUCGUCGCUCACGGGCUCCAGCCACUCCUCGAGCCACGCCAGUGCAGCCAGUGCGGCCACCGGUUCCGAGCUCGCCAAGAGCGCCACCACCUCCUUCAUCGGCAGCGCCGCCUUCGAGGACCGCGACGUGCGCGACCGCGACUACCGGGAGCAGCGCGACUUCCGGGACGAUGUGGUCACGGCCACGACGGUGCGCGAGAGAGAUAGGAUCAUCACGCCCAGCAUCUCGUCCAUCGGCGGCGCCGUGCUGCGCUCCAAGACGGCGGACAUCGAGCGCAUGCUGCGAAUCAGCCGCACCACCACCACGACGUCGCCGAGCCCCAGCAGCGCCGGCGCGCCGGACGACAAGAAGAAGUACACCAAGCGGAGGUACACGCGGCACAUCCCCGAGGCGGACGCGCUGGUCACCUCCGUGGACGGCAUGUCGGCCAUGUCCCGCUCGCCGUCGGGGGUCGGCCUCGUCGGCGGCCCUCUGCCGCAGGUGGGCGUGGGGGCGGCGGCCGCGGUCCUGGCGGCCGGGCCGAGGGGCUCGACGACGCAGGGCCCCGUGUGGAAGCGGCGGGAACUCAUUGCCAGCAACCCCAAGCGACACGAUUGAGCCAUUUGUGUAGACGGACGGAGGCGCAAAGACUUCUUUUUAAAUUUUCGGGCCCCAGUGUUCAUGGAGCCCGAUGCGGCAGCUUCGUCGUCAAGCUACUUUUACUUCCUUUUUAUAAAAGAAAAAUGCUGUGAACUAUGCGAGUGUAAAUAUGUGUAUCUUUGUAAUUUGAAGCCUUGUGUAUUAUUUCAAAAAUGAUAUUUUCCCUUGAGGUAGCCUUGUUUGGCUCUCACACAAUCAGCCCAGACGUGAUUUUUGGUCAAUAUAAAAUAAAAGAUUUUAAGAGAAAAACUAAUGCAA